GGGCCAGACAGAGACAAGACCAGUAAUAUUUUUCCACACAAACUGGGCACUUUAUUUUUCUUUUUCGAGUUUUUCCAUACGCCAUUAAUGGAGGGAACUCUACUUUACAAACUCGCAACCACUGCAAAGUACUGCUAGCAGUAAAUAUUAGCGAUAGUAAAAGUACAAAAACCCAAACCCCAUUUUAGCCCUUCUCCUUCUGGCGCCAUCUUUCGAAAACCAACCCUUUUAUUUCUUUCAUCUCAUAACAAUUUUAUUUAUGGAAAUGGAGGAGAAAGACAGUACCGAGACUGGGUCCGCCGGAGUUAACUCCGGGAGUGAAUCGCCGCCGCUCAGCGGUGGCGGAGGGGUCUUUCCGCAGGUGAUGCAGAUGGCUGUGAACAUGAGCAUGGAGAGGACCGUGGGGCCCCCGCAGGCUGAAGCUCCGGUGGCUGCCGUCGUUUCUGGUGGCGUCAGCGGCGGAGGAGGCGGUGACAGCGGCGGACUAAUGAUGGGUAAGAAAAAGAGAGGGCGGCCGAGAAAAUAUGAUUCCGAGGGGAAUCUCAGAGUGCCGUAUAUUUCUCCGGCGGCGGCCGGCAUGACGUCACCGCCAACUCAGGGCUUUACUUUGACGUCGCCGCCGUCCUCGGAUUACUCCUCCGGCAAAAGAGGGCGCGGUCGGCACGCCGCUUCCAGUAACUGGCAAUUGCUUGCCUCUUUGGGUGAAUUGUUUGCAAACACAGCUGGAGGGGAUUUUACACCUCAUGUGGUGACUGUGCAUACUGGAGAGGAUGUUGCUGGGAAAGUAUAUUCAUUUGCUCAAAGGGGUGCUCGAGGGAUCUGUAUUCUCUCUGCAAAUGGUGCUGUUUCUAAUGUUACCAUUCGCCAGCCGGGUUCUUCUGGGGGUACUCUGACAUACGAGGGCCGCUUUGAGAUCUUAACACUGACUGGGUCACUAACUACUGCCGAAAAUGGUGGCAUUAAGAGCAGAACAGGUGGAUUGAGUGUUUCGUUGGCAGGCCCUGAUGGCCGGGUCAUUGGUGGUGGAAUUGCCGGUUUGCUAACAGCUGCUAGCCCAAUCCAAAUGGUGGUUGGAAGCUUCACGCCAAACAUAUACAAGACUACACAUAAAAGGAAGCAAAAUGCCGAGCAUAAAAUGGCGCCACCCGUCAUUCACAAUGCAUCUGCUUCAGAUAUCGUAAUGACAGCCAGGCCUAUAUCCCAAGCCCCGCCUCCGGGAUCCAUGGUUCCAACUCCUCCGCCUCAGUUAGCAAUGCGAAGCCAUGGAAAUGCAGACAACAGCCACAGCAAGAAAGAUGUCCCGAACUCCACAUCCGUAGACUUGUCCGAUUGCAAUGGCUCGGAACCUACAUUCGAUCAGAGACCGUAUCCAGAUAUUAACGUGUCGAUACAUAUGGAGUAGGAGUAAUGCGGGUGCCCAUGCUUUGUUGGUUCCUCGUCAACUGAUUGGAGUUUAAAACUGCUCAGUCUUAGGUUUGCUCAUCAUCUUCACUUCUGAAAGCCUGACAUGAUUUGUUAGUUAAGAUGGCUAAUUCUUCAAUGUUUAAUUUCUUGUUUGGUUGUAACAUUAAUAUAAUACUCUACUAGUUGAGUGACAUCAGUUAGGGUUAUUGUUACCAAAACUUUUUGUCUGUGUCUGGGAGUUUCAAUUUAUUAUCUUGAAUAGUUUCCAUUAGUCUUUGGAGAGUAUUGCAUCCCUACUUCAAAGUUCAAAUGGAUGUUAUGGGCAUAGGGUUUUAGCCUUUUGGUUUUCACAUGUACUAAAAUAUCUUGAAUAGUCUUGAAUGUUUAAUCAAUUCAGAUUCGAUUAAUUGGA